GCAAAAGAAUUGUUUAUGCAAAAACAAACAGAGAGCACUAAAAAGAAUUCCAAAAAAGAAAUAAUUAAACAAUUUUUUAUCAAUACUUAAAUUAUUGUUCAAAUGAGUUCGCCAACAACAAAAAACAACAGCGCCGAUGUUAGUGCUACGAAGCAGCGAAAGUCAUCAAAAGCCAGCAUGACUGCUAAAUCAUCGAAUCUCGAUACCCGCGCCGAGUUAGCAGAUUUAAUAAAAAAGAAAGCUGAAACAUCAGAACAAUUAGCUAACCUGGAAAGACAAAUUUAUGCUUUUGAAGGUUCAUACCUUGAAGAUACUCAGUUGUAUGGAAACAUCAUUCGCGGAUGGGAGCGCUAUUUGGUCACAAAUAAGGCAACAAAUUCAAAAGCUGAUAAGCGCAACAGAAAGUUCAAGGAAGCUGAACGCUUAUUCUCAAAAUCGAGCAUCACAUCGUUGGCCAUAUGCAACCCUGAACAACGACAAAGCGAAUCAGAUUCAAUAACAAACGAAGAUUCAAGUGACAAUCAGAUUACAAACCACAACACCACAACUGCUCACGAUGGUGCGACGUCCAUUAAAAGUGCAGGAAAAGAUGAAAAUGAUGCUGAAGGAGGGACAACAACACCGAUAAGAGAUGGAAACAACAAGGACCCUGCCACACCCAGCGGGAGUGCUAAACACAAACUCAACUCUAGCAACUCAAAUUCCGCUUCCAAAGUUGCCAGGAUCAUCAAAAAGGCGAGACAUCGUUAAGACAAAAGAUCAAACUCAAAUUUAUGGAAAAAUAAUUAUAUUAGCGUUGGAAUAAGCCACAUUUUUCGACUUGUGUCAAUUUUUAAGAGAAAACAUUUUAAAAAACAAUAAAGUAUAUCACUAACAUGAUUACAA